GAAACGACAGCGUUUAGUACUUACUUGGUGGUUAAUCACCUCACAGUUACCGUUGGAGUGUUUUUGGCCGUUUGUUUGGCACAACUUAAAGCUACAUGGAUUCAGAAGCUGUAUUGAGAAAGAAAGGAAAGCUUUGUUGGAACUCAAGAAAUUCGUGAUCUCAAGAAGCCGAGGAUGGGAGCUCGAAAAUGUUCUCCCUACUUGGACUAAUGACACAAAGAGAGAUUGCUGUCAGUGGGAGAAAAUUAAGUGCAAUCAUACAAGCAGGCGUGUUAUAGGGCUUUCCCUUUAUACACCGAUUACCUUUUCAAAGAGUGCUCAUCUAAAUCUUUCUUUGCUGCAUCCCUUUGAAGAGGUUCGAAUUCUGGACUUAUCCAAGCCCAGAUUCAACGGAUUGGUUGAUGAUGUGGAAGGUUAUAAAAGCCUAAGGAGAUUAAGAAACCUGCAGAUUCUGAAUUUCUCUUCAAAUCAAUUCAACAAUAGCAUCUUUCCGUUUCUUAAUGCUGCUACAUCACUUACAACUCUUUCUCUUCGGAAUAACUAUAUGUAUGUCCCUUUUCCCGCUAAAGAACUUAAAAACUUGACAAACUUGGAACUGCUGGAUCUGAGUGGAAACAGAAUUGACGGCUCCAUACCUGUAAGAGAGUUUCCUUACUUAAAGAAGCUGAAAGCUCUAGAUCUAAGUUCUAAUGUACUUUAUAGUUCAAUGGAAUGGCAAGGAUUAAGGAAUUUGACUAACUUGGAAGUCCUGAGUCUUGGUUAUAAUAAUUUCCACGGGCCUAUACCAAUAGAAGUGUUUUGUGAAAUGAAGAAUUUGCGGGAGCUUGAUCUCAGAGAAAAUUAUUUUGUUGGUCAGCUCCCUCUGUGUUUCGGUAGCUUGAACAAGCUACGGUUUCUUGACCUCUCAUCAAACCAAUUAAGUGGAAAUAUACCACCCAAUUUCAGUAGCCUCGAGUCCCUCGAAUAUCUAUCAUUGUCAGAUAAUAGCUUUUAAAGCUUUUUCUCGCUCAGUCCACUUGCCAACCUCACAAAACUCAAGGUGCUCAUAAUGUCAUCAACAUCUGCUAUGCUACAAGUAGAGACAGAAAAUAAUUGGCAGCCGAAAUUCCAACUAAGUGUUGUUGUACUACGACUUUGCAGCUUGGAGAAAAUCCCCAACUUUCUCAUGUACCAGAAGAACUUGCGUCUAGUUGAUCUAUCUGACAAUAGAUUAUCUGGAAUCAGUCCUGCAUGGCUGUUGGAGAAUAAUCCAGAACUUGAAGUCUUACAGUUGAAGAAUAAUUCAUUCACUAUCUUUCAGAUGCCUACAACAGUUCACAAUUUGCAGGUUUUGGAUUUUUCAGAAAAUGAUAUUGGUGGACUGUUCCCUGAUAAUAUUGGUCGUGUGCUUCCGAGUCUAGUACAUUUGAAUGGCUCCAAUAAUGGGUUCCAAGGGAAUUUCCCAUUGUCUAUGGGUGAAAUGAAGAACAUUUCAUUCUUGAACCUGGCUUAUAAUAAUUUAUCUGGGGAGCUACCUAGAAGCUUUGUCACAGGGUGUUUUUCAUUAAGAAUCCUGCAGCUCUCCCACAACAAAUUUAGCGGCCAUUUUCUUUCAAGACGUACAAACUUCACUUCAUUGUCCGUCCUAAGAAUCGAUAACAACUUAUUUACAGGGAAGAUCGGUGUUGGUUUGCUCAACUUGGUUAAUUUGUUAGUCCUUGACAUGUCCAACAAUUUCUUAGAAGGUGCAAUACCACCUUCGCUUCUGGUCACUGAACAUCUUUAUUUUCUAGACCUCUCUGCAAACCUAUUAUCUGGAGCCUUACCAUCACUUGUUGGUAGUAUACUUUGGCCAAGAUUUUUCCUACACAACAACAACUUCACAGGGCCAAUCCCGGACACAUUGUUGGGAGGUGUCCAAAUACUUGAUUUGCGGAACAAUAAACUCUCUGGGAGUAUCCCGCAGUUUGUAAAUACCGAAGAUAUGAGUAUUCUUUUGUUGAGAGGUAACAACUUAUCGGGAUAUAUUCCAAGGACUCUGUGUGAAUUGAGUAACAUCAGACUUUUAGAUCUUUCAAAUAACAAGCUCAAUGGCUCCAUACCUUCAUGCUUCAAUAAUUUAUCAUUUGGACUGGGAGGUAACGAUGAUAAACUUGACUACUUUGGUUCAGUUUACUCUUUAGAGAACUUUUACUUGGGAUUCUACAAAACCACAUUUGGGGUUGAGGAUUUCACGUUAGACUACAUAACUCAUCUGAAAAUUGAAAUCCAAUUUGCAGCAAAGCACAGGUAUGAUUCUUAUACUGGAGCAUUUGAGUUGACUGAAGGAACACUUGAUUACAUGUAUGGCUUGGAUCUGUCAAGCAAUGAAUUAAGUGGUGUUAUCCCAGCAGAGCUUGGAGAGCUCUCCAAGCUUAGAGCUUUGAAUCUGUCUCGCAAUUUCUUGUCGAGUCAUAUACCGGAUAGCUUCUCCAAACUGGAGGACAUAGAGAGCCUUGAUCUUUCUUAUAACAUGUUACAAGGAAGCAUUUCUCACCAAUUAACCAACCUCACUUCUCUUGUUGUAUUCAACAUCUCUUACAACAAUUUAUCAGGCAUCAUUCCCCAAGGAAGGCAAUUUAACACCUUUGAUGAGAACAGCUACUUGGGAAAUCCUCUUCUAUGUGGAUCGCCAACCGAUAGAAGCUGUGAAGCUAAGAAGAACUCAGAGGAAACAGAUAAUAGAGGAGAAGAAGAUGAUGUUGAAGCUGCUAUUGACAUGUUGGUCUUCUAUUGGAGUACGGCUGCAACUUAUGUGACUGCACUGAUAGGCAUUCUUGUUCUUAUGUGCGUCAAUUGUUCUUGGCGUCGAGCAUGGCUCCGCCUUGUCGAUGCCUUCAUUGCCUCUGCGAAAAGUAAGGUGUCUUAAAACCAUUUCAGCAUAGUUCUUGAAUAUUCCUUAUCAUGCAAAACCAACUUCAAUCCUCUGUUUUUUUUUUCUUUUUUAGUAAGUACAUAUGUGUUUUAGAUUUUACUUGCUGU